UUCAACUUGUACAUGCUUUAGAUCACAUCAUAUGAUGUAAGUGGUGUAUAUUGUAGUUGAAACUUAACAAUUCCAUUUUUUCUAAAUGAGAUAUUAAAACAAACGGUACGUAUAGCGAUAUAGUUGGUAUAUUGACAGUACAUUAAAACGGCCGGUAUUGUUUAACAAUUGUUAAUUGUGUUUCGAAGUUGAUGGGUAAAUAUUAAGAAAAGGAAAUACAGGUUUGCCGUAAAAAAAACAUGAUUAACAAAUGUGUUUCGAAGUUGAUGGGUAGAUAUUAAGAAAAGGAAAUACAAGUUUGCCGUAAAAAAACAUGAUUAACAAAAUAUUCUUCGUCAUUUUGAUUUCGUUGUUUUGUAUAAAUGAGGGAACCGCCAAAGAAGUGCAGAAAGCUAAGAGCAUAAAGAAGAGACUUAAUGACAUAGAAAUUCGACAGAAUUUGCAAUCUAAUGAUAUACUGGAACUUCAAGAAUCUAUUGACGAGUUGAACCAGACUUAUAACAAAAUUGACCAAUGCUCGGAAGUUGAUUUGAAUCGUGAUAGACGUCUUAAGGAAAAAACAAACAAUCGUGAAUAUGAAAAUAAUAACAUUUUGUUUAAAGCAUUUAAAGAGGAAAAGGCAUGGAUACGUGCAGAAAUUGAAGAACAAAAAAGUACCGUCAAUAGAAUAGAUUUACAGUUCAAAGCCUUGCAGGACAAUUUUGACAUUUCAAUUAACAAAGUUAUUGGUAGAGUUGACAUCUUAGAUAAUAAUGUUGAAUUGAUAUUAGAUAAAAAUAUCAAAAUGAUAAAUGAAUCAAUAUCAAUUAUCUCUGAAAGACUGGCAUCCGAGGAAAACCGUAUGAAAAGACAAAUGGCGAAGAUCGAAAAACUUGGAAAAGCUGUCGACAGUAUAGAAAAAGAAUGCAAAAAAUUUUCUGUGACAUUAAAUGACUUUGAAUCCAAGACAGAUGACAAAAUAAUGAAAAUAAGGGAGAUCCUUGCGACAAUACCAUCGUGCCCAUCUAACUGGUUACAGUUUUCAGGAAACUGUUAUCAUCUUUACAAAUGGGAAGCUAACAUUGAUUCAGCUGUUAAGGUGUGCUCAAAUGAAAAUGCUUUUGUUGCCGAUUUUCAAUCUGAAGUUGAAUUGCAAUACAUUAGGUCAAUCAUAAAUCUUGAUCAGAACAUAUGGGUUGGAAUUACAGACAGGGAGGAAGAAGGUAAUUGGAAAUCGCUCAGAAAUGAAAAACAAAUUGAGUUUUCAAAUUGGGAAAAAGGACAGCCAAAUAAUUUUUUUGCCGGCUAUGACGAGGGCUGCGCAGUGAUGUAUCACGACAGUGGAUUAUGGCACGACUAUAGAUGCAGUCACACUUUUGCCUAUAUUUGCAAGAAAGUGGUGCCGUUGUAAACAUCAUACGUCACCUCUAUUUUUUAGAGUUUUGUAUCUUUUUUUAAUUUGAAAUGAAACUAAAACAAUUCCAAAGAAUGAAAAGGUAGAACUUAAAUAAGAUGUAAAUUUAACAGUAAAACUUGAAAAUUUAUACUUUUGAUAGUAACAGUUGUAUUAAUAAUACAGGCUGCUACAAAAUGACCAGUUAUACACCUUAAAAUGUGUCUUGUUUUAUCACUCUGAUUUUUCAAAAAUAUAUUUUACACAUUCAGUGUCUAUAUUGGUAACACACGUUCCACGUGUAACAAUCAACGGGUUGUUGUUUGGACAUUAGUACUGUUACAUCUAAAAUGAAAAGAAUUCGUUUCUUUUUCAAGAAAAUAAAUGGAUGUCAUAGAGGAUAUUUGUUUAGUUCAGUGUAAGAUCGGAAUAUAUUUCACCGAGUGAGCACCAAAAGGUAUAUUUCACGAGUGGCGCAGCCACGAGUGAAAUAUGAACUAUUGGUGUUCACAAAGUGAAAUAUAUUUCGAUCUUACACUAAACUAAACAAAUUUUCUUUUUAUUAUAUGCAAAGAAACGUUUUAAAAAGACAUUAAACCUAAUACUGAAUGAAAAGCGCGCCAAAUAAUAAUACAACGUGACGUCAUUUACGACGUCACGUCAUUAAGUUGGUACCCAGUACUGUGCACGCUUGUAUUCCACUGAAACAAGGUAAGGGGCUUAAAUUCAAAACAGUGAAAUUAUCAAAGCUGUAAUUUCACUGUUUCAAACAGUGAAAUCACCAGUUUUAUAUCACUGAUAUAUUUCUAUAAACCACCGAAAAGCAUGUAAUAAAUGUAUUUAAUUGUUCUGAUGUACAUGUACAUACUUUUAAAUACUACACUUUAGGAGGUAUGCGUUCAUAUUUUAGAACAAAUUUCAGUUGUAAAUAGAUUGACACUAUUACUUUGACCAAUAGUCAUUCUUGAAGUAAUGCUAACAAUAAAACAAUAUAAAACACAGGCACCGCUGUAUAAGAUUCGCCCUGUAUUAUGUAAUACGAUUCAAAUCGAAGCUACCAGAUAAGAGUAUUUUAGUACAGUAAAUUGAAAUUAUCUAUUGAUCCGUGUUCGUAUCAAAACUUUUCAUUAUUUUUAUUUUCAAAAGAAAAUGUUAUCUUUGUAAAAAAAUGUUUGUUUGAUGUUUUUGUUGUUUCUUUUUUUAUUGGUUUCUUCUCCGCGCGUGCGUGUGUGUGUCAUAUUUGUAUCUCUUAAAGGAACUCCGGUGUGGUUGAAAAAACAAAACAACUAAAAACAUAAAAGUUGAAAUUCGUAUAUGAUUACCCGGGGCACUUAAAGCAUCAAGAUAUGCCAUAGAUUUUUAUGAAAUAUACUCAGAAAUAGAUUAAAAUCGUAUUUUGUGCUAUUCUUUGCCUGAUUUUAGUGAAAAGAAUUGCAACGGUUUUCAAUUGCGGGUCAUUUUUAACAAUUUGAAUUACUAUUUUUUGAAAAUCGAAGUGAGGCAAUGAUCUCAAAUUUUGCAAACAAGCUAUUGGUGUAGACCUAGAUCAAAUGGAACAUUAAUUUCUAAAGAAAUACCGGUCCGUCGUGUAAAAACAAACCUCAGUGGAGUCCCUUUAUAUUUUCUUCUCAGAGCUAGACGCUUAUCAGUUCACAUACGAUCUGAUUUGAAUAAUUUUGUAUAUAGCUCAUUUUUGUUACAUUUCCUUAGCCUCGGAUAACUUAUUAUAUGAUAAGGCUUAGAGACUGCUUCUUUAAACUCUAAAUAUAAUGUAAAUAUAUAUUAAUAAAAUGUAGGUCAAUA